AUCCCUGGCACCUCCCUCUAUGAUCCAGGGUGCCCCUCCAUGGCCCACCUGUUUGAAGAAGGCCGAAAAGAGGUUUUCUGGGAGCUGACUGAGGGCAGGAUCCAUGCUGGGCCCGGUCGUGGUUCACCCCGAAGCCCCGGACGGAGGCUGGGGGUGGAUUAUCGUCCUCUCGGCCUUCCUCCAAUCCGCACUGGUCUUUGGCGUGAUCCGUUCCUUCGGGGUCUUCUUUGUGGAGUUUGUGACGUACUUUGACGAGCUGUCCGGACGGAUCUCCUGGAUCACCUCGAUUGGGAUCGCGGUGCAACAGUUUGCGAGUCCAGUGGGCAGUGCUUUGAGCUCUCGCUAUGGCGCCCGCCCUGUUGUUAUGGCCGGCGGGUUUUUCUCAGGCCUGGGGUUCCUGCUGGCCUCGUUUGCCACCUGCCUGGCUCACCUGUACCUCUGCAUCGGACUCCUCUCAGGUUUCGGCUGGGCCCUGGUCUUCACGCCCUCUCUGGCGUCGGUCGCCCGGUACUUCAAGCGCCGCCGGACGCUGGCCACGAGCCUGGCCUUGACGGGCGUGGGCCUCUCGUCCUUCGCCUUCUCGCCGCUCUUCCAGCUCCUGGUGGACACCUACGCCUGGCGAGGAGCCCUCCUCAUCGUGGCGGGCAUGUCCUUCAACCUGGUGGUCUGCGGGGCCCUCAUCCGCCCCAUCACCCUCAAGGAGGAUCUCCCAGGUCCGGUGGGCCGUGGCGCGAGGGGGACGUCGUGCUGGGCGCGCUUCUCCUCCCUCUUCGGCCUCCACCUCCUGGGCCACUUCGCCUUCAUGAGGUUCGUCCUGGCCGUCACGCUGGUCAACACGGGCUACUUCGUCCCCUACGUCCACCUCGUGGCCCGCGCCAGGGAGCUGGGCUUCGACGAGUACCAGGCGGCCUUCCUCAUGUCGCUGGCGGCCGCGGCCGACCUGUGCGGCCGCCUCUUCUCCGGCUGGCUGGCCAACUGCCGCGGAUGCCGCCUCGCCCGCAUCCUGGUGGCCUGGACCUUCCUGACCGGCGGGGCCUUGGUGGCCAUCCCGUGGGGCCGCGACUACCCGCUGCUGGUGGCCAUUAGCCUCUGCUACGGGUUCUGCUCGGGGGCCCUGACGCCCGUCGUCUUCUCCAUCAUCCCCGAGAUCGUGGGCAUCGCCAACAUCUUCAGCUCCAUGGGGCUGCUGCAGAUGAUCGAGAGCAUCGGGGGGCUGCUGGGGGCGCCUCUUUCUGGUUGGCUGAGGGACGCAACGGGUGACUACGUUGCUUCUUUCUUAGCGGCCGGGUCGUUCAUGUUCGCCGGAAGCCUCGUCCUGAUGACCCUGCCCAACUUCUCCAGCUGCCUUGCCCCUCCGUCUGUGCCAGAACCCAGUGCCAAAAUGGAGGCUGGCGAAGGCACUCUCUUGGCAUCUGCAACUGCUCCUGUGGGGGUCCUCUCUCCCCACGACUGCCACCCUUACAAGGUCAUGCCUGAGACAGAGGAGCCGCUGACCAAGAGCUGAUCACCCAAGGCCAGCCUUUCCCAACCAGAUGUUGCUAGACUACAACGCCCAUCAUCCUUGGCUGUUGGCUAAGCUGGCUGUGGGUGGUGGGAGUUGUCGUCCAA